AUGAAAGAAAAAGAAAAAAGUCAUGUCCGCCUUCUAUUCAACACCCAUCUUGAUACAGUACCCCCGUACAUUCCGCCAAAAGAAGACGAGGAAAAGAUCUAUGGAAGAGGGUGUAAUGAUGCGAAAGGACAAUUAGCGGCAAUGAUCUAUGCAGCAAAUCGGGUUGUUGAGGAGCGACCGGAGAUCGCCGAGCAAAUCGGCCUUCUUUUUGUCGUUGGUGAAGAGUUGGAUCACAUUGGAAUGAUUGAAGCCAAUAAACUCCAACUCCAACCCCAUUUUCUGGUAGUGGGAGAGCCGACCGAGAAUCGUUUUGCCUCAAUUCAAAAAGGAGCCUUCAAGUUCGUCAUCAAAACCACCGGCAAAGCGGGGCAUUCUGGCUAUCCUCAUACCGGUGUAAGCGCUAUUCACAAGCUUUUACCGAUUCUCACCGACAUCAUGAAUCACGAUUGGCCGAAAAGUGAGCUACACGGUGACACAACUCUGAACAUUGGAAAGAUCAGCGGUGGUCACGCGUUGAAUGCCUGGGCGGAGGCGGCUGAAGCUAUGAUUUUUAUCCGUGUCACUACUUCAGUAGUCGAUGUCCGAGAGCGACUCGAGAAAAUCGUGGGUAACCGCGCAGAAUUGGACUAUACUCUUGGUGGAAAUGACCCUGUUGUACUGUCAGAACCACCAUUUGAGGCUCCACGAAUCACCGCCUGUUUCAACACGGAUUUACCGUAUUUUGAUCGGAGACAUUUGUUGAAAGCUGUGUAUCUCUUUGGCGCUGGCUCGAUCACAAACGCACAUUCGGAUGAUGAGUUCAUAGUGAAAUCCGACCUCCUUUCGGCUGUCGACACCUAUUUUAAACUCUGCGUAACACUUCUUAGC